CCGGAAGACCUCCGUGCAACAUGGCGGCGCCCAGCGGCAAGACAGAACCGGCCGAGAUUCCGCGGCUGGUCGCGUGAGUAGGUGUCUGCCCAACAGGCAAAGGCAUGAGCUGGGCCCAAGCCAUCCUGCUGGCCCGGGGCCUCUCUCGGGGCUGGGGAGGCAUCUGUGGCACUGCCCUAACAGGAGCCCCCUUUUCUCAGGUGCCACCCCAGGCUCUGCGGAGCCUCCACUGCAGCACAGCCGCCCACCGCCCUGACUCAUCGCUGGUCCCAUGCCCACCCAAGCCCCCAAGGAGGCCGGUCAAGGCCCUGGCACGCCAUGAGGAGCUGUUCAGGCAGGCGCCAGAUGCGGCACAGGACAAGGCGAGCUUUGUGCGGGCCGUGCAGAACUUCACACAGCACAACGUGCACAAGCGGGGCCACAUCGAUUUCAUUUACCUGGCUCUGCGCAAGAUGCGGGAGUACGGCGUCGAGCGGGACCUGGCUGUCUACAACCUGCUGCUCGACAUCUUCCCCAAGGAGGUCUUCCGGCCUCGCAGCAUCAUCCAGAAGAUUUUCAUCCACUACCCACGGCAGCAGGAGUGUGGGAUCGCCGUCCUGGAGCAGAUGGAGAACCACGGGGUGAUGCCCAACAAGGAGACGGAGUUCCUGCUGAUUCAGAUAUUUGGACGCAAAAGCUACCCCAUGCUCAAGCUUGUGCGCAUGAAGCUGUGGUUCACCCGCUUCAAGAACAUCAACCCGUUCCCUGUUCCCCGGGACCUGCCCCAGGACCCCAUCGACCUGGCCAGGUUGGCCCUGCGGCACAUGGAGCCCAACCUCAGUGCCAGGGUCACCAUCUACCAGAUGCCUUUGCCCAAAGACGCUACAGAUGCAGCGGAUCCCACAGAGCCACACAUUGUAGGAAUCCAGAGUCCUGAUCAGCAGGCUGCCCUGGCCCACCACAACCCAGCCCGGCCUAUCUUCGUCGAGGGCCCUUUCUCCCUGUGGCUUCGAGACAAAUGUGUCUAUUACCACAUCCUCAGAGCUGACUUGCUGCCCCCAGAGGAGAGGGAAGUGGAGGAGAUUCCAGAGGAGUGGAACCUUUACUACCCGAUGCAGCUAGACCUGUCCUACGAGAGGAGUGGCUGGGAUGACUACCAGUUUGACAUCAAUGAAGUGGAGGAAGGCCCUGUCUUCGCCAUAUGCAUGACGGGUGCCCAUGACCAGGCCACACUGGCCAAGUGGAUCCAGGGCCUGCAAGAGACCAACCCAGCCCUGGCCCAGAUUCCAGUGGUCUUCCGCCUGGCUGGGUCCUCCGGGGAGCUCCUAGCAUCCUCCUCAGGGCUGGAGGAGCCACUGCCACCCCCACCCCCACCUGAGGGCCAAGAAGAAGAGGAAAACAGUCAGCAGCGACAGCAGCAGGGCCAGAGCUGAGCCUGAGUGGUCACAGAAGCACAGACUGUGGACUGGUGUGAAAGCAUGAGAUGACCUUUUGAGUGUACAGCAAAUAAAAGUUUUCCAGCUUGGGGCUGUCUUGCCCCCUCUCUGGCA